UCACCAAUGGGAAAUUCAAAUUCUUCUAGAACUUAUCAGGAAUGAUAUGAUAGGAUGAAGUUAGCUACUGUGAGGAGGAGUCAAGAGAAGCAUGCUCAACAGUUCGAUCUCUUUUUAUCCUAUAAAUAAUGUUAAUUCCAGUUCAAAAACCUCUGUUAAUACUCAAUGUUCCAAAGACCCCUUAGCCAAUGAGUUCGGUCUUGAGUUCAAAGAAAUCUAUUUGCUGCCAAAGUCAUUCCAAAGCCAGUCAAGAAGACCAACUCAAGCUCAGGCUAGGCCUGAGUGUCCCUUCUUGAUUGAUUUCGAUACAUUUUUAUAAAGGUGACAAGAGGUAGCCCAAACUUUGACUCAUUGGUGAACAACUCUUCUCUUAAGAAAGGAGAUUAUCUCUUACAUGAAGAUGAAGAAGAAGAGAUGAUGCUCACACUGAUCCAUUCUAACUUUAAGCAAGAAAUCUUCUAUUUUGAUAUUGUGGAAGAAUUAAUUAGGACUGAAACCAUAUUGAACAGUUUGAAUAAAUCAGAGGAUAGACACCUUGCUGUCCUUGUGAAUCCAAUCUCUGGGAAACAGAGAGGAAGAGGAUAUUAUAAAGACAUCCUUGCUCCAACUCUGAAUAUAACAGGGAUCAAGUACGACCAUUACGAGACUGAUUCUGAGACAUAUAUUGAAGAAUGGGUCAAUCAGUUUAGUGAUAAACCAUUUCCUUACACAGAUAUUAUCUUAAUUGGUGGAGACGGACUCUUUAGCCAAUUGAUCAACUCAGUUUUGAAUAAUCCUGCAUGCAAACAUCUGAUCAAGACCCCCAUUGGGCUUCUUCCUGCUGGCUCUCAGAAUGCUGUCUGAUGUGAUCUUAAAGGAAAAGAUGUCUUCCAGGCUUGUAGAAACAUUGUUAGGAGACCUACUGUCCAAACUGACAUUAUGAAAGUUCAAUUUGCAAAUUCAGAUACUCCGAUCUACGCAACAGUUAUUCUUUGGGGACUCCUUGGAGAUGUUGUCAAAAAUGCUGAAAAACUUAGAAAGCUGUUCAAGUCAGCAAGAUACGCAGUUUCAGCAGCCAAAAUCUUCUUGACUUCAUGGAAAAUGAAGACUUACAAGUGUAAUGUUCAGUUUAAGAGUGAUUUCGAGAUCAACUCAGACUUUAAUGCAAGAAAACAUUUAGAUGAAGAAGAUGGCAAAAAUGACGUUGGUUUAAAUAUCUCUUCAUCAAUUCAAACUGAAUCUACUGAAGCUACCGAAGGUUCAGAAAUUGGAGAGAAUCCUUGGAAUGAUCACCCAGAUUCAGAUUUCUCUUUCCUCGGAAUGGUGACUCAUGAAUGAAGGAGUUCGCUUAAUAAGAAAGAAAGGUUUAUGCCCACCAGCAGGUUCAAUGAUGGAUCCAUCAGUCUAGCUACUUUGACUAAAUGAGGAAAAGUGAAGCUUCUAAAGUUCUUAUCUAAAUUCUCGAAUGCUAAGCAUCUCGAGUUUGAUAAGUUUAAUGGAAUGGAAGUCUCUGAAGUUCAGAUUUCUCCAGAUACUAAAUCUUGGUUCAACAUUGAUGGAGAGAUUUAUGAGAAUGAUCAAGCUAACGUCAAACUCUUGCCAUCAUUUCUAACCAUGAUUGGAGGAAUCCAUGAUUCAUAACAUAAUUUUAGGAAAGCAUUAGUUUCAACUAUA